GAUUUUCUAUGUUUUUUAUGUAUAUAUUCAUCCGCCAAUUUUUUGUUUUUUAUUGUAUUUUCGUGUUUUGUUUUUCUUUUCUUAAAAAAAAAAUUGUAAAAACUUUGUGAAUUUUGUAAUAAUUAUGUCUCAAAGCUCCCAGUAUUCUACCAAAUCUGAGAAAUUGAGGAAAAAUGCCCUAAAACCAGGAGAAUGCCAAAAAUACAUCACAGUUGAGAUUGAUCCUGGAAUUGUGUCAGAUAAUUGUGGAUCUCUACUCAACCAGGAACUUUCUCAGGGAGGUUUCAAUACCGAAAUAAAUUCCCAAAUUCUUCCAAUGACAAUCACUUGGAGGAGAAACCUUGAGGGUUUCUCUGAAUCCACAGAAGAAAUGGUGCUGCAUGUGAUCCUGGGGCAGGAUAUGCUUCAGAAUGUUAAAGAGGGAAGCUUCAGAAGAAGAAUUGAGAGUCUGAAGGAACUCUACCCUGGCAAGAGCAUUGUGAUUUUACUUUAUGGACUCAAAGACACAUUUCGAAAGAGCGAUAGAUCCGUCUCCCGGAAUGAUAUUGAAGUGAGUCUCGUGGAAGCUCAGAUUCUUCACAAUUGCUGCCACAGAUUAGUAGAGAAUCCCGCGGAAUUGGCUGCCACAGCGGCGCAAUUUAGCAAGAGUGUCGCUGAAACCCCAUUCAAGAGAGAGGAGUUAGAAAAGGCUCUCAAUGAGGACUUCUACUUUGGCAAUAACAGCCGAGAUAAUGUAAAGAUUCAAAACGGCGUUGGAUACUCGCGUCUCUGGCAGGAGCAUCUCAUUAAAUUUCCUCAGGUUACUCUCGAAAUUGCACAAGCCAUUUCAGGAGAAUACCCAUUGCCUCGACUUCUGGCUGAUGCAUUAGAUACUUCGGAAGAUCCUGAGAAUCUCCUUGCGGACAUUCCGGUCAGGAGAUCAGGUGGUCCUCUAGCUGCUCAACGGAAGGUUGGUCAGGAACUCAGCAAGAAAAUUUUUACAAUGUAUACCACGGAGAAUCCUGAUGAUGUUGUUUAAAAAAAUAAAAACGUUUUAGGAAUUUUCUCUAAA